UCAAUCGAUGAAUCGUUGCAUGUUUUGUGAGGUAAAAGCGCGAAAAUCUCACAGUUUUUGAGUUUAAUGAUUAAAAGCUGUUUUAAAAUAACCUCGUACUUUCAUAACAAUUGUUUAUUUUUAAAUCGUAAUUUACGUGUGUUUCUCAUCUCAUCAAUGUCUACUACCAUGUCACUUAAACGAAAAAGAGAGGAAGAAGUGCCUAAUAAAAAAACAAAUGGAGCAAAUGGUACUGUUGAGUACAAUCCUGCUAAAAGCAACUAUGAUGUUUUGAAGGAUGCUUCAUGGAAAGAUGGCGAGAAAACGCCGUUCAUCUAUUUCACUUUAACUCUAAAGGCUAUCGAAGAGGUGUCAUCAAGACUUAAGAUGAUUGAAAUCUUAGCUAAUUAUUUAUGGUCUGUUAAAAGCAAGAGUCCUGAUGAUCUUUUACCUUCAAUCUAUUUGUGCCUAAACAAACUGGGGCCUGCUUAUGAGGGCCUUGAAUUGGGAAUUGGGGAGACAAUCAUCAUGAAAGCUUUGGCCAAUGCUACGGGAAGAAGAGUUGAUCAAAUUAAGGCUGAUAUCAAGAAGAAAGGUGAUCUAGGUCUUGUAGCUGAGGACAGUCGGACAACACAGAGUUUACUGUUUAGACCUCCGAGAUUAACUGUCCAAGGUGUCUUCAAAAGUUUCCGUGAAAUUGCUCAAUAUUCUGGACAAAGUUCAGCGCAAAAAAAGACAGAUAAAAUCCAAUCUUUAAUUGUUGCUUGUAGAGAUUGUGAGGCUAGAUAUCUAGUUAGAUCUCUAGCUGGUAAAUUACGGAUAGGAUUAGCUGAACAGUCUUUACUUUCAGCUUUAGCUCAGAGUAUUGUUUUAGGAGAUACCAAAGCUAAAAGAGGAACGGAUUCUUUUAAAGCUAAAGUUGAUGAAGUCACGCAAAUUUUAAAAACUGUUUAUUGCCGGUGUCCGAAUUAUGAACAGAUAAUAAACGUUCUCUUAGAACACGGAUGGGAGUCUCUGGAAGAGAAAUGUCAGUUAGUUCCUGGUGUUCCAUUGAAGCCUAUGUUGGCUCAUCCUACAAAAGGUGUAGAUGAAGUUUUACGUCGUUUCAAUCAAGCGAAAUUCACUUGUGAGUUCAAAUAUGAUGGUGAAAGAGCUCAAAUACAUUUGCUAGAAAAUGGAGAAGUUCGUAUUUUCAGCAGAAAUCAAGAAGACAACACGUCCAAAUAUCCAGAUAUAAUCUCGAGAAUGAAAGAUGUCAUCAAACCUGAUGUUAAAACUUGUAUCAUUGAUUCAGAGGCAGUUGCUUGGGAUUCGCAAGAGCAACAGAUUUUACCUUUUCAAGUAUUAAGUACUAGAAAGAGGAAAGAUGCCGCAGAAGAAGACAUAAAAGUUCAUGUUUGUUUAUUUGCUUUUGAUCUCCUUUAUUUAAAUGGAGAAUCUUUGGUGACUAAAAGUUUCAGUGAGCGAAGGAAUCAUCUUUAUCAAAGUUUCAAUGAAAUUAAAGGAAAAUUUAUGCGCGCCGUGUCUCGAGAUGUUGAAACUACUGAUGAGAUUCAAGAAUUUUUGGACGAAUCAAUCAAAGCAAAAUGCGAAGGGUUAAUGGUGAAAACAUUAGAUGUUGAUGCAACUUAUGAAAUUGCUAAACGAUCUCGAAGCUGGCUUAAGAUCAAAAAAGAUUAUCUUGAAGGAGUUGGUGAUACGCUUGAUCUUGUUGUCAUCGGAGCUUAUAUUGGUAAAGGCAAAAGAACUGGUGCCUAUGGUGGUUACUUAUUAGCUUGUUAUGAUGAGGAAAAGGAAGAGUUUCAGUCUAUAUGUAAACUUGGUACUGGUUUCAAAGAUGAAGAUUUAGAAAAGCAGUUUGAAUUGUUCAAAGAGUUGAUCAUUGAAAGACCUAAAUCAUACUAUAACUUUGACCCGUCAAUUAAACCUGACGUUUGGUUCGAUGCAGUUCAAGUAUGGGAAGUUAAAUGCGCUGAUUUAUCGAUUUCUCCUGUUCAUCGAGCAGCUUUCGGUUCUUUGGAAUCUGAAAAAGGAAUAUCCCUGCGUUUCCCUCGCUUCAUAAGAAUCAGAGAUGAUAAAAAAGCAGAAGAAGCAACUUCAGCUAUGCAAGUUGUAGAUAUGUAUAAUAAUCAAGAACAAAUCAAAAAUCAAACAAAAACUCAUGACAGUGAUGAUGAAAUGGAUAUUGAUGAUAAAUAAACUGAUUUUCGAACAAUCUUAA